UGGUACACACUACACCGCAAAUUCUCGCGUUGGCAUUGGGCUUCAUUCACGAACGACGCCAACAUCAGCGCGUGUCUGGACUGUUGUGAAAUCUCCCGGUUCACGAGGAGACAGAAGACCUCCAAGCAGAGCAGAGCGAUGGAGAAGAAGCGGGGUGCAUCUCAUCAGUACGGGGCUCUGGAAUGUACUCAAUGGACAACGGACAUUAAGGAAACAGAGGGAGACGCUGUUUCCAUGGCAGACUCCAGCGUAACCAAGGACGACAUCGAGGGGGAGCUUUUCAAGAUCGAGAGGAUCCGGGACGUGCUGGUCCGCAGGGAGUCAGAGCUCAGAUACAUGAUGGAUGACAUCCAGCUCUGUAAGGAGAUCACACGUCUGAAGAAGGAGCUCCAGAAGCUGGUCUCCAUUCCAGAUAAGGACAAGUCAGCGGAGGACCGGCAGAGAGAGGAGCAGCUCCUGCUGCAGAUCCACAAGCUGGUGGAGACCAGAGACUACCUGGUGGAGGACGUGGAGUUUGAGCGGCUACGAGAGAGGGAAGAAGACAAAGAGAUGGCAGAGUUUCUAAAAACCAAGUUCCCUGAAAACAAGAAGAAAGGUACCGUCCCCGUCAGAAGGGGGGCCCGGCGGGCCCCGCAGCAGCCCUCCUCCCCCUUCACCAAGACCGGCCUCAGCCUGCUGAAGGAGUGCUGUGGCUUCACCUGCUCCGUCAUGUAGAAUCACAGAGGGAGCGGUCUGAGGGGCCAGGAACCACUCGGACAACCACGCCCCCACAAAUUGGCCCCAAAUUCUCCUGUUUCAGAUGUGCGGCUGGAACAGAAUCUGGGACAGAGAUGCACAAGUAACAGUGUCAUUAAGAGUAGCUCUGGACUAAUUUGAUAUGUUUCUGCUCUGGCCCUCUCGGUGUGAAGCUUGGACCUGAUCAAAUGUCUCACUGUUUAACUAGCCGUUCACUUUGUUCUCACCUGCCAUUAACUCGGACCAAACCGUUCUGGUUUCAUGUGUUGUGAGUGAAAUCACAGCAUUCACGUCACACAUUGAGCCACCGUUUAUAGUAUAAUACUCCUCAAUCAGCUAAGCUAACGAGUCUAACAGAGCUUCUCCAACUGAAUAUAUAAAGAGCACACAAACGGCUGAGUCAUUGAGGAGUGUGAUAUGUCACCACACUCACUGGGAGCCUGCAUCAUUAGCAGCAGGAGAUGUCCCUAAUGAAGUUGACAUUAGUCCUCACAGUCAUCGGUUAACGAGCUGCCUGUGGAUUCUAUGGUGCCAGACCUUCUAUGAUAGCGGUAGUACUGGAGGGGUCUGCUCAGUUUCUAAAUUUUCUCGAAAGUUAAUAUCUUGUAUACAAUUCGUUGUGGCUGGACCGUUCAAUAUUAAUUUGAAAGUUCUUCUCAUUUCCAGUUGGAUGUGGGCCUAUCCUCACGUAAAUUACGAAAAUCGUUUUGCGUGAGUUGUUGCACAGACACUCACAGAUUCUAUUCUCAUAGCUUCUCCAUGCCUUCAGUAAGACAUGUCAAUACACUAGUAGAAGGGGGUCCCUUAAGGAUUGCUAACAAGUGUUGACAAAGGACUCCAUUUCCCAGCAUGCUGCAGCCUACUGACCGACCCAGAGAAACCUGUUCCUUCACAGGGUUAGGGCUACGUUCAGUGGGACGAUGCCAUCAGCAUGACAUUGCGAGUUAUGUUCAGACAGAACAGCGUGGGGACACUGACCCAGUAUGAGAGCCGCUGCAGUGGUGCGUGAUGAUAUCUCUAGAGCCAAUCAAAUCCUUGCGCAGUGUCUGGUUUAGGUCACCGUGGCAACCUGGAUGCCUCCUCCCCAAAAAGCUUUACAUUACCAAUGUAUACAGGUGGUUGGUUUUGAGAACAUUCUGCGUGUCACAUUCUUGCUACAUGAGCCUCAGUGUCACAGUUUCCUCGCUAAUGCUAAGAAACCAUGUGCACCUACUCCUACUCCAUGUUUAAUCAUAUACAGUAUAUGAUUAUCAGGACAAAAAACAUAGUUACGCAUUACAUAACAUAAAAAGCAACAAAGUAUAUUUGGUGUAGAUAUUGCAGUAGAAGAGAGUAAAUAUGAUGUAGAUAUUACAGUAGCGGAUAGCAGAUAUGUCGUAGAUAUUACAGGAGAGGAAAGUAGAUAUUACAGAAGAGGAGAGGAGAUAUUACAGUAGAGGAGAGUAGAUAUGGUUGUUGAUUGUUAACUAACUAUGACAGGUAGUUAGCAGUUCUGGGAGAAAAAUCGCACUCACACAUGAAACACGAGAGAGACUGCAAAGAGAGAGAGAGGGGGGGGUGGAACAGGGCUUGGCGAGAGAGUGUGUGUGUGUGUGUGUGUGUGUGUGUGUGUGUGUGUGUGUGUGUGUGUGUGUGUGUGUGUGUGUGUGUGUGUGUGUGUGUGUGUGUGUGUGUGCUUCAGAAUGAGUCACUCUUAGGACCAGACACCCCGCUGGCUUCUGGUCAGUCUUGCCUUCCCCUGAAUAACACUCCUGGUGAAAGGGCACGGAUGUCAGUUCCACAUCACAGCCUCCCACCCUCAGCCUGUUUAUGAGAGCAAAGACCUGAAACAUCUGUGGAAGAUCGACAGGUUGUUAUGCGUAUGCAAACGGAGGCCACUCGUCCUCCGCAUGUGUCGUGCUCGUGACUGUGACGUAGUGAACACAAGGACAUGGCUCGGAAAGUAGACACGUAGGCGCUCGGUUACUAUGGUUACAUGUUGUUUUGAUUGUGCAUCUGCCUUCAUGUUAAUUGAUUUCCGUGGUGCGGUUGUGUGAUAUUGGCAACACUGUUUUCUCAUCAAAUGUGUAAUGAAUACGUGUUUUGAAUUUUACUGAUGCAUAACCUUGAACCACUGCCCUCCAGCACAACCUCAUGCCGUCUGCUGGAUGUGGCAGAAAAAUACACUAGAGUAGGAAGAAAACAAAGCUUUUGAGGUGUUUGUAAGGCGUUAUAAUAGUAUAUAUAUAUUUCUAUGACAUCCGUCCUGUGUUACUAUAUGAAUUUGUAUUUUGGUGUGAUUGAAUACAGAUUAUGCAGGCAACACUGGGGUAGAUUUUCCAUGCUGAAUCCUUUCAUCAAAUGUAUUUAAAGACAUACCAGUUUAGGAGAAGAAGAAGAGGAAUGUGUUGAAUAUGAUAUGAAUGUUUAAUUAAUUUCCAUACGAAAGCAAAGUUCUCCAGCGUGUAUUUGUGCAUUUUGUAUUGCCCUGCGGUGAUUCACACUUCCCCCGCUGUGACUCUAAUAACAUACAGCUUUAGUUCGGCAAACUAAAAGAAAUACAUUAUAUGUUGUACCGAUAAUUGCUACGAACCAAUCCUCAUAGAUCUGUAUAUACAUCUUUAUAAGCAGAAUAAUUACAUAGACUUCAAAAUUUUAUGUGUAACAAGAAUGUCCUUAUCUUCCAACGCGACAGGGUGUGAAAUUCUCUCUGAUGUUAAUUCCCCUUUUUUUUUACCAAACUACCCAACUGUGUUUUGUUGCCGUGGACUACAGAGUGAAACAUUGUUUGAUGGGCCACAGACUAUACUAGCUACCUGCAUUAACUAGCACCUGAAAGUCCAAGGUUUUAAGAUGCCAAGAACCUUCUACACUUCAUGAGACCUGAAAUGAUGAAGUGGAAUAUGUGUGGUUCUCCAUUACAGCUUGAGUGCUGCAGAUAGAUUUCAGCAAUAUAGGAUGAUGUGUUAGUCACAGACUCUUUUCAAAGAGUGGUCACAGCAGGACAAAUAUAGGUGUUGUUACCUCACGCUAAUUAUCUGUCAGCUACAUGUAUGAACCAGGCCAUGGGUAGUAGACUAGACUAGUGAGGACAAGUCUACUACCCUGGUACCAGGUAGCCCUGGUACAUUAAAGGAGCAGAACCGUUCUCAGUGUUAUGAGGGACACCUGUUUGGUCCUACGAUGCCGCCUUUGUGAGAAGGGUCUGUCAAGAUGACGAUGACGAUGGUGUUCAUCCUUGUUGACUGAGACCCGUCUACCCUGGAGUGCUUUGUUAGGGUCUGUCCUAUUUCACUCUCUCCACUCCCUAGUCAAGGGCCCUUCAUACACAUCCGCAUAAACACACACACACACACACAUGCGUACACAGACACGCACACACAUGCACGCACACAUGCAUGCACAGAUACAUAGCACCACCAUUCUACAGCCCUGUCAACUCUUAUGAGUGUGUGGGUAGUGGUUGGUAAUAAUAAGAUUCUUAGGAGGCUGCCAGGUUCCAUUAGGACUUUAUGAAGUUGCGUCAAAAGUCGCCAACUUAAGCAACCACCAUGAGUCAUGCAACGGAUUUUGAACUCCUAUCUUUGCCCUUCACUUCUUUACAUUUCCGUUUCCCCUCCAUCAGGGCUUCUUUCAUUUCGUCCAGAACCCGCUGCUGUGUGUCCGGUAGGAUAACACAUUGAUUGGCUUAUGGCCGGUUGCCAGGUUGGCAGUCUGCUCUCCCGCUUAUCACCGCCUCAUUAGAUCAACAGCAACUUCAUGCAAAUGUGGGCUCGUUCGCAAGAAUCCAAUAAUACCCCCCCUAACCCCCCCUCCCGUCUUAAGCUCUGUCGCUCAGAUUGAGGAGAAUCUCUAUCAGCUCUUUGUUUAAACGAUGCUGACAGGCACUUAUCAUCAUACAAUUUGUUUGGGGACCUUAUGAGUUCAUACAAUAUAGACUGCGUUUGAUGGACAGCCCUGGAAAAUAGCAAUUACUGAUAAGUGUGCGUGUUGUUUUGUGUGUGUGUGUGUGUGUGUGUGUGUGUGUUUUUGUGUGUAUAUGAGGGCAAGAGAGAGAGAUAGGGAGAAAAUCCCAUUGCAUACGGAUAACCUAACUUAAUUUGAUCAAAGAAUAAUAUCCUUGGUGUAUGGGGAGACAAUUGGAUCGGAGUGAACAGUUAAAUCAUCAUAUGGUUACAACUUACAGCCCACCAGAUCUGUAUUCUCGCUCACGUCUCGUUCUCCUUCGGCCUCAUGAAACAGUGAUUACUAUUCCACACACCGUCGGUUGGAAGCUAGAAACCUGCUGGUCUCUUUGACCAGCAGAUCUGAGAGAUAACUUAUGAAUACAUUAGAUUUAAUAGUUAACCACAUAUAUAUGGCUGAAUUGAAACUAUCAAAUUUGUGAAUGAAAAUGUUCUUCCCUUAUGUUAAGCCAGAUUUGUUGCUUCCAAUCCCUGAAUGAACCUUACUCAAGCUGUGUGCGUGUGUGUGUGUGUAUGUGUGUGUGUGUGUGUGUGUGUGUGUGUGUGUGUGUGUGUGUGUGUGUGUGUGUGUGUGUGUGUGUGUGUGUGUGUGUGUGUGUGUGUGUGUGUGUGUGUGUGUACGUGUGUUGGUCUUUCCAGUACAGUGCUAGAGGGAUGGGUGAUUUCUGUCAUAUAAGUAGGGUUCUCACUGACAGAGUCCUCUAGAACCGUGGGCAUUUCACUGUACAACUGCUGAGAGAAAUAGACAGGAAUACAUCCUUGAAACACACA